AUGAGAAUUUUAACUAAGUUACUCCUAAAGUCUAAGAUCUACUCAAAUGAAAUCAGUAGUCCAGGGAGACACCAAUGCUUGCAAUACUUGAAGACACUGAGGAAUUUUCAGAAUGAUGGACUUUACACGGUUUACUUGGGUGAAACACUUAUAUCUGAAAACCUGAUAACAGGUGAUGUCUCCGACAGCAUAGCCAAAGCCAAAUCAUCUCUUGAUGGAUUGACAUUAAUCCAUGCUGGGGGAGUAAGAGGCUGGGUUCCAUGGCAAUACAGGGCCUUCUUCCAGUCACAAGAACUAUGGACAUGUCCAAAGGCUACAGGUGGUAGUGAUCAAACCUUUGAAGAAUUAUGUCAGGUGCUCAGGAAGUCCUAUGGAAAAUGCACAGUGGUGAUAAGAUCCAAAUACUGCGUCCCUGCACCAGGAUUGCAGCUUCAAAAUUCUUCUGAUGACCCAUCAGCGAGUCCUCCAUGGAAACCAGAGGUCAUCCAGAAUACCCCAUCACAAUCUCCACUGGCCAUCCAAAUAACUAAGAUUUCUUGUCCUAAGAUUGCAAAACACUAUGGCCAUGAGCUCUUGUAUCUUCCUCCCAGUUAUCCUCAUCUUAGUCCUUUAGAGUCAGCGUGGUCUUCACUUAAAUGGUCUAUAAUCAACAACAGGAAAGAUUUUACUGUCACAGCUUUGCCGAAAAUAAAUGACUACAAGUGUAUCCACUUAAAGUCUUUGAUUGAAAAUGCCAUUGAGGGGGUAACACCAUGCAAGUGGAAAGUAUCUUUUAACAGAGUGAAGAAGUGGGAGAAUCAAUAUCUUUACAAUCAGGCGUAG